AUGACUGAAGUGUCGAAUACGAUACCUUCAUCAGCUGCGCCUAAUGAUUUUAUAUUAAGUUUAUCACAAGAACAAAUAGAACAUGAUCAAAGAAUUGGUAUAAAAGCCAUUCGAUUAUUCUUACAAAGUAAAACUUCAUAUGAUGUAUUACCAGUUAGUUAUAGAUUAAUUGUAUUAGAUACUUCAUUAUUAGUUAAAAAAUCAUUAAAUAUUUUAUUACAAAAUAAUAUAGUUAGUGCUCCAUUAUGGAAUAAUCAAAAUUCUCGAUUUGCUGGAUUAUUAACUUCAUCAGAUUUUAUUAAUGUUAUUCAAUAUUAUUUUCAAUAUCCUGAAAAAUUUGAAUUUGUUGAUCAAUUAACUUUAGAUGGAUUAAGAGAUAUUGAAAAGGCUAUUGGAGUUCAACAAAUUGAAACUGUUUCAAUUCAUCCAUUUAAAUCUCUUUAUGAAGCAUGUGUUAAAAUGUUAGAAUCAAGAGCUAGAAGAAUUCCAUUAAUUGAUGAAGAUGAAAAGACUCAUCGUGAAAUUGUUGUAUCAGUUUUAACUCAAUAUAGAAUUUUAAAAUUUGUGGCAUUAAAUUGUAAAGAAACUAAAAUGUUAUUAAAACCAAUUAAAAAUAUUCAAGGUUUAGGAACUAUAAAGGAUAUUUCAACUUGUACUAUGAAUACUCCAGUUAUUGAAGUAAUACAUUUAUUAGCUCAUAAAUCAGUUUCAUCAGUUCCAAUAGUUGAUGAUCAAGGAAAAUUAAUUAAUGUUUAUGAAGCAGUUGAUAUUUUAGCAUUAGUUAAAGGUGGUAUGUAUACUGAUUUAGAUUUAAGUGUAGGAGAUGCAUUAUUAAGAAGAUCAGAAGAUUUUGAAGGUGUUCAUACAUGUACUUUAAAUGAUAGAUUAAGUACAAUUAUGGAUACAAUUAGAAAAUCAAGAUUACAUAGAUUAUUUGUAGUAGAUGAUGAAGGUAAAUUGGUAUCGGUAAUAACUUUGAGUGAUAUAUUAAAUUACAUUUUAUUUGGAGAAGAUUGA